AUGAGCCUCAUCUUCUGUCAGAACGUGGCCGACGACACGCCUGCCGACUCGCGCGACCCCGCCCAGUACCACGGCAGCGGCAACCAGAAGACCGCUGAGUUCCAGAGGCUCCCGAGCGGCUCCGACUCUGGUGGCUUCACCCUCACCUUCUCCAGCGGCAAGGAGCACCAUGAGGUCCCCGGUCCAGUGGCCCUCUCCCCAAUACCACAGCAACAUGUCCAGGAGACUGGCAUGCUCGCCUUCCUCAAGGAGGACCCCAUCCUGACCUACAACCUUCAGUACUCCACAAAGUACGCCUGCCCCCUUCCGACGCCGACGCCGACGCCGACGCCGAGCAGGGACCACACAUGCUGUUUCUAUGCCGACAAGGCCGAUAAGCGCCUCACCAAGACCAUCUGCUCGUCGAAAACAUGUCCGUCCUCGCUCGGCGGCUUCUCGCUGGCCGGCAACUGGACUGUAACCACCUGCAGCGACUGCCUCUCCUCUGGCGCGUCCACGCUCUCGGCCCGCAGCUGGCUGACGCAGCUGCAACUAUGGGCGCAGUGGGCGCUGUAA